AUGGCUUGGUCUUUGAAGUUUCUGAGCGUCGCUUUGCUCUUGCCAACAUUAGUUCUUGGUGGCGCUGAAGUCGUGGGCCGGGAUACCGAGCUCGAUGUGGCUGGCGAUGACAUUCCUGAUGCACAGCUCUAUAAGAUGAAUACUCCGGGAAAUGCCGAAUUUGGAGCAAUGCCUCUAGAUGCGAGAUCCCUCGUCGACUCAUGGCUUGGAAAACGCGCCGAGUGCGUUAAUGCUGGAUACUCUCCUUGCUCGAGUAGGUUGAAGCCGUCCUUACUCAGCUCAUCUCUAAUCGUCCGAGGUGAAUGCUGCACCAAUGGCAAUUACUGCUCUCCCGGAAACAAGUGCUACAUACUUAGGGGUAUCCGUAAAUGCUGCACCGACUCCAAAUGUACCGCCUACGUUACCAACGGGGUCACAUCCACCGCUAGCGGGGCAUCACAAACGGCGGCUUCUCCCAAGGCCACAACUACGAAGACGACAGAUGAUUCUACGGAGGCGACUAUUACGGGUUAUGGCUCAUCACUACCAACCGGAGUUCUUGUCGGCAGUUAUUAUGUUUGGACGAGGACAUGGUACUAUUACUCUUAUUGGUGGUCUACCACCAUCUUCAUUGAGACGACUAAACUGGUGUCGACUUCCACCCGAGUCACUACGACAACUCACUAUACUGCUAGAACGACUGAUUCGGAAAGGGCCAGUUCCAGCUUCGUGUCGUGGUACUCCGCCUGGCAAACUCCUACACCGCAGGAGGCCAAUCUGCCGCCGAGCCCUACUGGCACUCUGAGUGAAUUGGCGCCAACAUCGUCGAGGGCCUCCACAGCUCAAGGCGCAAUCGCAACUCAAUCGGGGAAUGCGCCGAGCGGAUCGUCGCAUAUGAAGCCAUCAUUUGGAUUGACUUGGGUGGUUGCUGCAUUUAUGUUCUUGGGCCCCGGCGUUUUGAUGGUGUGGUUGUGA